UCGAUGCACGUAUGCUUUGAUGCCCAUGCUGUCUUAAAAUGAAUUAUAAAUCAAUGUAAAAUCUGGAUAUUGUUAAAUUGUGAACCAGGAUUCCAAUUGGAGUUUAAUUUAUCGUUAUUAGUGAAAGGAUCACGCAAUAAUUUGUUGUUUAUAUUAAAAAUAAAAGGUUAAAAUGAGGCAUCAACAUGUUAAUGUGGAUUACUGGUCUAUGUUUCAAACGAUGUUCACGUAUGGUGUAUUGACUAUACUGUGCUGGGUAAUGAUACGACUGUUCCAUGCAGUUUUCUCACUACCACGAAGGCUUCAAGCGCAACAGAGAACUAUUGAGAAUACGCUUGCAGAGCUUCAGAAGCGGUUUCCUGAUCUUAACAUCACGGCAGAAGAUUUGGCAAAGGUUGGAUGCGAAUUGGACGAACUGUAUGAAGGGGACCCUGGCAAUGUGGACGAUGAACCUAACGAAGAAUCAGAAGAAAAGGAAAAGGUUAAGCCGGAAGAAAAUAAAAAGGAUGACUAAUACUAGACUUAUCAGAAUAUUUACUUAAUUCACAAUUUUUCGAUUAAUUUCUAAACGUAGAUACUCUCACUGUUGAAUAAAACUAUUUUUAGAAUUGUAACGCAUAU